AUGGCUUAUAAUCCGAAGCCAUCAACCGGCCGCCGCGUCAUCAUCAUAGGAGCUGGGAUCCAUGGACUUGCAGCGGCCAAAACGUACCUUGAAAUGGUACCAGACAUCCAACUGACAGUCAUCGACGACGAUGACAGCGUUGGCGGUGUAUGGAGCCGGUCACGAGUGCAUUCAAAUCUCAUGGCCGACAGUGCGACCCCAACUUUCGACUUCUCCGACCUACAGAUGAGUGAAGAGUUUGAUAUUCCCGAAUGGAGCAGCAUUCCGGGCCCUAUUGUGCACGAGUAUCUCGAAAGAUGCGUUUUCAAUACCCAGGUCACGAGUGUUGAAAAGGAAGGGAGGGGUUGGAAGGUUUAUACGAAAAGGUCUGGCGAGGCCGUAAUAGCAAAAGGGCAGACGUUGACUUGCGAUGUUCUUAUGGUCGCCACUGGACACUUCACUGUUCCAAAGUUGCCGAAUAUCGACAUUUCAGCAUUUGAGGGGAAAACUUUUCACACCAAAGACGUCAAUGAACGCUCAGAGGAGCUCUUGUCGAGGACAUUGAAACCAUUGCUGUUCAAUUCGAGAAACUGGUGGGAUCGAUUUGUCGUGAGCGGGGGAAAUGCGUGGGGCAAGAAGCUGUUCGAGUGGUUCUGGCAAAGCACGACCAACAAUCGAAUUGGGGAUCGGUAUGAGAAGAGCGAGAAUGGAAGGUUGUUGAAGCCAAAGAUAUUGAAUUUAUUUUGGAGUCAGGCAGGCAUUUCCCUUGUCCAUAACCGGGAUGCAAGUGUCUUCGACGCUCUUGAUCAAGGCGAGAAGAUUCACGUGGCUCGAGCUAGCAUUGUUUCCAUGAAGGAGAAGAUCCUCCACCUCUCGAAUCAGUCACAGGUCAACGCCGAUGCCGUUAUCUUUGCCACAGGUUGGGAGCCCAUAACCGGUCAAAUAUUCAGUCCCGAGCUACAAGCCGAGCUUGGCCUACCUGUUCUUUGGGACUCCCUUCCGGAAGCCGAAGAAAAAUACUGGAAAGAACUGGAUGCAUCUGAAGACCGAAAGAUCCUGGAUCUCUAUCCACUUUUCGACAACCUUCCAUACAAAUAUACCCAGCAAGAAGUCGAGUACACGCCGUUCCGAUUAUUCAGGAGCCUCGUUCCACCCUCAUUGACUGCAGAUCGCAAUAUUGUAUUCCUCGGCAAGCUCGGGAACGUACAGCAAACAUCACUUGCUGAGAUCAACGCGCUCUGGAGUGUCGCGUACUUAGAGGGUCUUCUUCCUCUAGAAAGACUUGUUAGCGACCAGGAUGCUAUGAAUCGAGAAGUCGCGCGAGUCAGUGCUUUCAUGAAGAGGAGAUAUCCUGGGAGACGGAACAUACCUCUUGCGCUUCUGGAGGUAAGAGAUUGGAUGGAUAUGUUGCUGCGAGAUCUGGGGGUCAGGACAGACAGGAAUCGUCUGGCGUGGGAGCGGAGUGCGAACAGAGUGUUUGGAUGGUGGGGUCUGAAGGGGUGGAUGGCAGAAUGGUUCAAGCCGUAUGAACCUGUUGUGUACAAAGGCAUUAUUGGAGAGUUCUUGGAACGUCUCGGCCAACAAGAUGAUGACAAGAAGACGAGAUGA